AUUUGGUGAAGUGAAUUUAUAAAAAUAAAAAUAAAAAACAAAAAAAGAAAUAAAAAAGAUAACAAAUAUCUCGAAAGUCGUUUAGAGUGAAUUUCUCUGUACCCUGAAAUAUAGAGAGAGUCUCCUUGUAAUUGUAAUUGUAAUUGUAAGGGGAUCUUGUUCUUGUUGUUUGUUGCCUCUUUCCUUCACUUUCUGCACUUUGUCUCUUACCAACCCCAUCAAACCCUAAUCCUAUUUAUCUCUAUCCAUCAUCGAUUCAAAUUCAAAUUUUCAUUUUCAUAUUUUUUUUCAUCAUCUAAAUAAAAUCUAAAUCUGAGCUAUGUCGGCGCCGUUUUGUUAAACCGUAUGGUGAUCGUGCUCCUUUUCGAUUGCAUGGGUUUACAGAAUGCCUCAGCUUCGUAGUGGAGUCCGGCGUCGUCGUGCUGCUACGCCUUUAACAACCAAUAAACAAUCUGAACCACCGCCACCUAAGAAAAACGUUGCAGCCAGAGGUAGACCCAGAACUAGAUUGGCUGCCAAGAAAAAAUCCGAGUCUUUGAUUGAGUUAUUGGAACCUGAGACUUACGUUGAACCUCCUAAAGAGAACGUUGUUGUUGUUGUUGAAGAAGAAGAAGAAGAAGAAGGUGUUGGUGUUAUGGGUGAUGAAAGAGUUGGUGUUAGUGGUAAUAAGGAUAAAGGUGUUGCUGGUGUUCCUGAAGAGGAUGCCAACUCUCCACCUCUUCCAGAAAGGGUUCAAGUAGGAGGAUCGCCUCUCUACAAGGUAGAAAGGAAACUUGGUAAAGGUGGAUUUGGUCAGGUUUUUGUUGGCCGUCGUGAGCGUGCAAAUGCUCCCGGAGCUAUGGAGGUUGCUCUGAAAUUUGAACAUAGAAACAGUAAAGGUUGCAACUAUGGCCCUCCUUAUGAGUGGCAAGUAUACAACACCCUUGGUGGUAGUCAUGGAAUACCUAAAGUACACUAUAAAGGAAGACAAGGAGAUUAUUAUGUGAUGGUUAUGGACAUUCUUGGUCCAAGUUUGUGGGAUGUAUGGAAUACCUCAGGCCAGUCGAUGUCUCCUGAAAUGGUCUCAUGUAUAGCUGUUGAGUCGUUAUCGAUACUUGAGAAGUUGCACGCUAAAGGUUAUGUGCAUGGAGAUGUAAAACCAGAGAACUUUUUACUAGGUCAACCCAGCACAGCACAAGAGAAGAAGUUGUUUCUUGUUGACCUUGGUUUAGCAACAAAGUGGAAAGAUUCCUCAAGUGGAAAGCAUACUGAAUACGAUCAACGCCCUGACAUGUUUAGAGGGACUGUUCGAUAUGCUAGCGUUCAUGCUCAUUUGGGAAGAACUGCUAGUAGAAGGGAUGAUCUUGAAUCACUUGCAUACACACUAAUCUUCCUUCACAGGGGCCGAUUGCCAUGGCAAGGUUUUCAGGGUGAUGGCAAAUCCUUCCUCGUUUGCAAAAAGAAAAUGGGAACAUCUCCUGAGAUGCUAUGCUGCUUUUGCCCCGCACCUUUUAAGCUAUUUCUCGAGACUGUGGUGAACAUGAAGUUUGAUGAAGAACCUAACUACUCUAAGCUAAUAUCCUUGUUUGAUGGUAUGCUAGGACCUAAUCCUGCACUGCGACCAAUUAAUACUGAAGGUGCUCAAAAGGUUGGGCAAAAGCGGGGUAGAUUGAACGUUGAUGCAGAUGAUGAACAGCCCAAAAAGAAGGUUCGUUCAGGGAUUCCUGCUUCACAAUGGAUUUCAGUUUACAAUGCGAGACAACCAAUGAAACAAAGGUAUCAUUACAAUGUGGCUGAUGCAAGAUUAGCACAGCAUAUUGAGAGAGGGAUUGCAGAUGACCUUCUUAUUAGUUGUGUAUCAUGUUGUUCCAAUCUAUGGGCUCUUAUCAUGGAUGCUGGAACUAAUUAUACAGCUCAAGUUUACAAAUUAUCACCAUUAUUUUUACACAAGGAAUGGAUCUUGGAACAAUGGGAUAAGAACUUCUACAUUACUUCUAUUGCAGGAGCUGGCAAUGGCAGCUCUGUUGUGGUGAUGUCAAAAGGUACGCGGUACACUCAACAAUCAUACAAAGUAAGCGAAUCUUUUCCCUACAAAUGGAUAAACAAGAAGUGGAAAGAAGGUUUUCAUGUCACCUCAAUGGGUACUGCUGGAAAUCGCUGGGGUAUAGUCAUGUCCCGCAAUGCUGGAUUCAGUGAUCAGGUGGUGGAACUCGAUUUUCUCUAUCCAAGUGAAGGCAUCCAUAAACGUUGGGAUAAUGGCUAUAGGAUUACAGCAACUGCAGCUACAUUGGAUCAAUCUGCGCUUAUAUUAAGCAUCCCAAGGAACAGACCUGGAGAUGAAACACAGGAAACUCUGCGUACAUCUCAAUUUCCCAGCGCUCAUGUUAAGGAAAAAUGGUCGAAAAACCUUUACCUUGCCCAUUUGUGCUAUGGACGCACAGUUUGCUGAUCUCCUUUACCAACAGAAUUUAAUUCACAAGAAUUAUGGAUUGUCUGCUGCCCUAUCUAUUUGAAGAGACUAAUUGUGCCAGCAGAGAACCAUAUUUGUUCUCUGUUGUAUAGUUUAUUCUGUCUCUGCCCUUUUCUUGUAUGCUUUACUUUGCUUUUGGAAUUUGGCAGGGUAAAAUGUAUGUUGUUUUAGCUUCAUAUAUAUAUAUUCAUCCAUUCAAGUGUGUAUACUGAUUUUAUUUUUUGUUUCUGCAUGAAUUCAACUAUGCUAGUAGUGAUAUCAAUCAGGAAUCUUCACGAGAA